GUCGAGAAUUAACAUGGCGGCUAUAGUUGCUGUUUUGAUCUGGGCCGUGGACAUGAAAAACAAAAAAACAUUCUGGGAAGAUGGACAGCAUGUAGCUGUUGUUUGAACAGAAAUACAGCUUACAUGAACGUUCAAUCUCUCCUGUCCUCAGCCUGCUGGCGUUCCACAAUACAGAACAGUUAAUUUCUUCAGACACAGACACUUGCAUGAUGGAAGAAUCCAAAAGCCCAUUAAAGUCUGUCAAGCCUUCACGUGGGGAGGCCAGAGGGGCGAAAGCUCCAGCAUCCAAGACUCUUAAAGACACACAGUUGCUGAGGGAUCCCACCAAAGGCCCCGGCCGCACUAAGGACAAUGUCUCCAGGGCACGAGAUGAUCACAGAGACAGCCAGGGCACUCAUGGCACUGGCCGGAUGGCAGCUGGUAGCCCACAGGACCAGGGGAGAGGCAAGCCUCGCAGGCUGACCGGUAGGACCAGCUCGGGGGAGAGGGGGAAAGGAAAGGGAGGGUGUCAGCAGCAACAGCAGCAGCAGCAGCAGCAGACAGAUGCUAGGCAGCCUGCCCAUGACCGCAGGGCCCCGGGCUGGAACCGAAAUCUCAAAGGUGCUGAAGGACCCGGAGCAGCCAGUUCUGCCUCACAUGAGGAGAGGACAUUGCAGGCCAAGCAUUCUAUGAUGUUAGAUCUACCAGAUGAGCGUAUCUUGGCUCUGUGUGCACUGGGAAGCCGGGCUGAGGUGGACGAGGGCAGCCUGACCUCUGAGCAGCAGCUGGGGCUGAAGCAGGCCGAGGAGAGGCUGCGCCGAGACUACAUCCAUCGCCUGGUCAAGCAGUCCCCGGAGUACCCCAACUUCCAGUACCUAUGCAAGCUCUGCUCAGUCCAUGUGGAGAACAUCCAGGGCGCCCAUAAACACAUCAAAGAGAAGCGCCACAAGAAAAACAUCAUGGAGAAACAGGAGGAGAAUGAGCUACGGGCUUUGCCGCCCCCCUCCCCCGCCCAGCUGAAGGCUGUGGACACGGCCGUGCAGGAGGCCGCCCGGCUGCACGGCAUCUCUGAGGAGGACCUUCAGGAGCGCCAGGCCAUGGUCACCAGGAUGGAGGCUGUCAUCAAGGAGCAACUCCCAGAAUGCAAUCUCCGCCUGUAUGGUUCAUGUCUGACACGUUUCGCCUUUAAAACCAGUGAUGUCAACAUUGAUGUCACCUAUCCAUCCAGUAUGACUCAACCAGAAGUGCUCAUAAAAGUGCUGGAAAUCAUUAAGAACAGCUCUCAGUAUGUCGAAGUGGAGUCUGACUUCCACGCCAAAGUUCCCGUGGUGUACUGCAAGGACGCCAGCAGUGAGCUUAUGUGUAAAGUCAGCGCAGGUAAUGAUGUUGCGUGCCUCACCACCAACCACCUGGCGGCGCUGGCGAGGCUGGAACCCAGGCUGGUGCCCCUGACCCUGGCAUUCCGCUACUGGGCCAAACUGUGCCACAUUGACUGCCAGGCGGAGGGUGGCAUCCCGUCCUACUCCCUGUCGCUCAUGGUCAUCUUCUUCCUGCAGCAGCGCCGGGAGCCCAUCCUGCCCGUCUAUCUGGGCAACUGGAUCGAGGGCUUUGACGUGAAGCGGGUGGACGAGUACCACCUGACGGGCGUGAAGCUGGACAUCUUUGUGGGCUGGGAGCUCCGGCCCCCCAGCAGUGGCGAGGGCCGCGGCGAGAACAAGGGCAAACCCGAGCAGAAGCUCCCGCCACGCAGGAAGAGCGACGCCGUAGAAGGCCUGACCCGUUUGGCGCUUGACCUUGGGAAGGGCGUGUCCUUGGGUCAGCUGUGGCUGGAGCUGCUGCGCUUCUACACGCUGGAGUUCGCCCUGGAGGAGCACAUCAUCAGCAUCCGCCUGCGCGAGCUGCUGCCCCGCGACGUCAAGAACUGGCCCCGCCGACGCCUCGCCAUCGAGGACCCUUUUGCCCUGAAGAGGAACGUGGCACGCAGCCUCAACAGCCAGAUGGUGUUUGAGUACAUCCAGGAGCGUUUCCGCGGCGCCUACCGCUACUUCGCCUGCCCCCAGAGUCGCAACGGCGAGCAGGGCCAGAGGCGGGCGGCCCGCAAGAGGGCCAUGCGCCGCCUCGACCCCGACAGGGAGGCCUCCGAGGAGGGCGACCGGGAGGGCAAGCGGGGAAAGAGCGCCGAAGCCAGGCGCCACCGGACCACUGGUCAGGAGGGUCACAAGGUCGGAGGCGACGAGGAAGAGCAGGACGGUAUAGAGAGGAAGUGCAGAAGGGAGGAAGAAGACGACGACGAUGUGGACGAGGAAGACGAGGAUGAGGAAGGCCUGAGGGCCGGACUCGCGGACUUGCUUUUGCGCAAGAGGGAGAAAAAGGCGGCGAACGUGAGGCGGGAGGGCCGGGAGCCCCCCUCGGACCACGGCUCCCCCUCCCCUCAAAACGGCCUGCUGGACAGCGACGAGGAGGAGGAGGAGGACGUGGAUGAGGAAGAGGAGGAAGAGGAGCAGGAGGAAAUUGCCCCAGAGGACCUGCAGUAUGUGUUCGACAAGAUGAUUUUCACUGGAGGAAAGCCCCCCACCGUGGUCUGCAGCAUCUGCAAGAGGGACGGGCACCUGAAGGAUGAGUGUCCUGAGGACUUUAAGAAGAUUGAGCUGAUGCCACUGCCCCCCAUGGGCGACCGCUUUCGCGAGAUCCUUGAUGGCCUCUGCCGGCUCUGCUACCAUGAGUUGUCCCCAACCCCACUGGAACAGCAGAAGAGGGAGCAGAUUCUGGGUAGUCUGGAGAGGUUCAUACGCAAGGAGUAUAAUGAUAAGGCCCAGCUCUGCCUUUUUGGCUCUUCCAAGAAUGGUUUUGGCUUCCGUGACAGUGACCUGGACAUCUGCAUGACACUGGAAGGUCAUGACACAGCAGAGAAACUGAACUGUAAGGAAAUCAUUGAGGGGCUUGCAAAGGUACUCAAAAAACACACAGGUCUGCGGAACAUCCUGCCUAUAACGACCGCUAAAGUGCCUAUUGUGAAAUUUGAACAUCGUCAGAGUCUCCUGGAAGGAGACAUCAGCCUUUAUAAUACCCUGGCCCAGCAUAACACCAGAAUGUUGGCCACUUAUGCUGCCAUUGACCCUCGUGUGCAAUUUCUGGGAUACACAAUGAAAGUGUUUGCCAAGCGUUGUGACAUCGGUGAUGCGUCACGGGGCAGUCUCUCGUCCUACGCGUACAUCCUGAUGGUGCUGUACUUCCUGCAGCAGAGGCAGCCACCGGUCAUCCCCGUCCUCCAGGAGAUAUAUGACGGGACAGAGAUUCCUCAGAGGAUGGUCGAUGGUUGGAAUGCGUACUUCUUUGAUGACCUUGAUGAAAUGAGGCGGCGCAUGCCAGAGCUGCAGCAGAACCGUGAGUCGGUGGGCGAGCUGUGGCUGGGCCUGCUGCGCUUCUACACCGAGGAGUUCGACUUCAAGGAGCACGUCAUCAGCAUCCGCCAGCACAGCCGCCUCACCACCUUCGAGAAGCAGUGGACCUCCAAAUGCAUCGCCAUCGAAGAUCCCUUUGACUUGAAUCACAACCUCGGUGCAGGGGUCUCUCGCAAAAUGACCAACUUCAUCAUGAAGGCCUUCAUAAAUGGCAGAAAGCUUUUUGGCACCCCCUUCUAUCCCCAGCCUGGCCUCGAACCGGAUUACUUCUUUGACUCUAAGGUGCUAACGGAUGGAGAGCUGGCUCCCAACGACCGCUGCUGCCGCAUCUGUGGCAAGAUUGGACACUACAUGAAGGACUGUCCGAAAAGACGCAGAAUGAAGAAGAAGGAGAACGAGAAGGACGAGGAGGUGAAGGACGACGAGCCUCGUGAGCGCCGCUGCUUCCUGUGCGGCGACAUGGGCCACGUGCGGCGCGACUGCCCCGAGAACCGACACCUCCGCCAGAGGGCCUCGGCUGGACCAGUCCCUCAUAUGGUUCGCUCCAUGGUGAGCUCCCAGUCCAUCCCCAUCCCUCAGAGUGCCAUGGCCCAGGACAGGGUGGCCCGCACCAGGCAGCCCUCGGAAUGUUCUGACCCACGCCAGACACCUCCAUACUCCCCCCAGCCCACGUCCCAGUUCAACCAGGCCUCCUCGCAGGCCGCCGGCUCCCCGCAGUCCGCGCAGAGCAAAGGCCCCAUGGGCCCCGCCGCAGCGAAGCAGCCCCCCCACGGCCCCCAGGUGCAGCUCCCGCAGCUCCCCCUCUUCCCCCCCGGCUUCCCCCACUCCCACCCCGGCUCCUACCACGUGGGCCUGCAGGCCCUGGGGCUCCUGCAGCAGCAGCACUCUCAGCAGGUGCAGCAGGCCCAAGCCCAGGCACAGGCUCAGGCCCAAGCACAGGCCCAGGCGGGCCACCAUCCAGCGGUGUCCAUGACCUCCACCUCCUGGCCCAUCCACGGGCCUGUGAUCCAGGGCUCCCCCAGCGGGUCCAGCCCCUCCCCGCCGGGCCUCAAGUUCCCCCUGCGGCCCGCCAACCCUGGUGCUGCUAGUGGGCUAGCUGGAGGUGGAGGUGGAGGAGGUGGUGGUGUUGGUGGUGUUGGUGUUGGUGGUGGUGGUGGCAGCUCCUCGGGCAAUCCCUCCCCGAUGAACCUGAACGACCCCAGCAUCAUCUUCGCUCAACCGGCUGGCCGGCCGCUGGGCAUGAGCGGCUCGGGGCGAGAAGGGCUCCCCUGGCACAACCACCUCAACCCGGGGGCACUGGUGGGCAACGGCACAUUGGGCAAGACAGAUGCAGGCUAUCCUGGUCAGUUUGGUAACGUGAGCCAGGGCUCGCGCACGUGGGAGCAUGGCAAUGCGCCCCACUACACGCACUCGCCCUCCUGGCAAUACCGCAUGCCCCAGAACUUCCUGUCGCAGGGCAAUGGGGGCUUUCAGCCCGGCAAGGCCUUCCUCUCCCAGGGUCCUGUUGUGGCCAAUCAACAUGUUCACCUGCUUCAACAUGGGAGGCAUCACAAUCUCAACUUCAUCCAGCAGAAGAAAUGAAGCUGACUGACUUGUUUUUGUUUCUUUUUUAAUUAGAGAAAUACUGCCCCAAG